AUGGAUCUCACGGGUUCGGCUUUCGUUAUCGGAGCAAGCGGCAUUGGCAAGGCUUGCGCAUUGGCAUUUGCCCGGUAUGGUGUUCGAGCUAUCGUCGUAGCAGACCUUACCAUCGAAGCUGCCUCGGCCGUGGCAGAAGAGUGCAAAUAUCUUGCUACCAAUCCAGAUUUUCUGGCAGAAACUGUUGCCAUUGAUGUCACAAAGGAAGAGUCGGUUCAUGAAGCCAUCACAUAUGCACAUCGGAUCUUCGGUCGGAUCGAUUACGCAGUCAACAGCGCUGGUGUCGGAGUCCAAUUAGCCAAUGAAAUCGCCGAAGCCAGCGUCUCCGAGUUCGAACAGAUGUUCAAGGUCAACGUAACCGGAACCUUCCUCGUCACCCGCGCUCUCUCCACCAUCAUGAAGACCCAAGACGCUGUUCUCGUUGACGAAGCCGUUCCCGCGCGGGGUGUCGCACGCGGUAGCAUUGUCAACCUGGGGUCAGCUUCAGGGUUCGUUGCUACCCCGGGUAUGGUCCAGUACACGGCCGCCAAGCAUGCAGUUAACGGUGUUACCAAGAAUGCUGCACUCGAUAACGCCAAACACGGAAUCCGGGUCAAUAGCGUGUGUCCUUCAUGGGUCGAUACCCCUAUGAUCCGCAAGGCCAUGGAUGACAUCCCGGAACUCGGCGAGAUGAUCCAGAAAGCCGUUCCGCUCGGAAGGAUUGCGCUGGCCGAGGAAGUUGCCGAUGCGGUCAUGUUCCUGUCUAGUCCGAGGGCGAGCUAUGCUACGGGGUGCAACAUAAUCUUGGAUGGGGGUACCACUCUUGCUGCCCAUGUCUGA